UCCCUCUUUCUUCUCUCUAUCUCCUCGGAGAGAAAGAUGUCCGUACCUGCGCGCGAAAGUUGGGUUCAACAUCACACAUGGUCACUCCUACUAGAGAGAGAGAACAGGAGAGAGGGAGAGAGAUCUCUGAGAGAAGAAACUCCAAACCCAGGGGGAAGACAUCUCGAAUAGAGACGCACCCAGAUAAAAAGAAGAAGAGAAUGGCGCAAGCAGAAGCUCGUGAGAGAGGCAGUGAUAGCGCAAAAAUGGUGAUCAGAGAGAGUCACAGUAGCAAUGCGCCCUUCAAGUUCAAUGCUCAGGCGGCCGAGUUCGUCCCCAGAUCGCACGCCCAGAUGCCCAAUCUCUCCGGCUAUUACUAUCCCUGCUUGCAGUGGUUUGAUGGGUCUAGUGCAGGAUCUGAUUGGCUCUACUUUGGGGACCAGAUGGAGCCAUCUAGUUACUCCAUCCCCAGCAUCAACCUGAUGCCUUCACAUUGUCGCAAGAAUGGUCUCGGGGAUGACCUUCAGAAGAAAAUCAUCAAGCAGGUUGAAUAUCUGCUUAGCAGCAUGAGCUUGCUCUCCAAUGACUUCAUUGCUAAACAUGUAGGCAAAGAUCCUGAAGGUUAUGUUCCAAUACCAAUAAUUGCUUCCACAAAGAAGAUCAAAUCCCUUGUGACCAACAAUCAGCUGCUCGCACAAGCGUUGCGGUCCUCUCCCAAUCUCGUUGUCAGCAGUGAUGGAAAGAGAGUUAGACGUCGAUUACCUUUCACCGAAAAGGAGAAAGAAGAACUGCAGUGUCGCACUGUUGUCGCGGAGAAUUUGCCUGAAGAUCACUCUUACCACAAUCUAGAAAAGAUAUUCAGUGCAGCAGGAAGCGUUAGAAACAUUCGAAUAUGCCAUCCCCAAGAAUCAAAUUCUUCCCGCGCCGUAGGCGACAUCUUUAUUCGUAACAAGCUUCACGCCCUGAUAGAAUAUGACAGCAUUGAGACUGCAGAAAUGGCGGUUGAGAACUUAAACGAUGAAAGGAACUGGAGGAAAGGACUUCGAGUCAGAUUGCUUCUUCGGCGCACGCCAAAAUCUGUCUUGAAGAGUAGAAAGUCCGAAUUCGAUGCGAUUCUAGACGAAGAAGAGGGACUACUUUAUGAUCCGACAGACGAUUUGCAGCCAAGCAACGCAGAACUCUCUCUUGAGGCUAAUGCGGAAGAAAAUUCAGCUGGGUUGAAAAAGGGAUGGCCCCGGGGCCGUGGAAAGUCGCGCGGACGCGCUCAAACCUACAAUGGGCACGGAGUUCUUGCUCCCUCACCACAGGCGGGCAACACAAUUUCCGUCCAGUCCGAAGCUAUGGCAAAGCAGGUGUCAAAGGGCCCGAGAAUGCCGGACGGCACGAGGGGCUUUACCAUGGGGCGAGGGAAGCCAAUCCCUUUCCAAAACUCGAACCAGCCUUUGUGCUGAUUGAUUGGGACGCAUAUCUUGAGGGGAUGGCGCUAGGUUACCGUCGCACCUCGAAUAGCUAGGUACAUUGUCUUUGAAUAAGCUCUGCUAUGACAUAGUAAGAUGUUUUCUUGGCAAAAGAUUUGCCCAAAUACUCAAGCUUUCAACUUGUUGCUUCAUCUCUCAGUGUUUUUUCCUUCUCAGUAAGGUUACUAUACUUUUCCAAGGAAGUGUGAAGUUUGUCACACUUUGAACCUUCCUUAUUUC